AUGCACCGCUUAUCCCCGGGAGCAUCCACCCGAAACCCCCUUCUUCCCCUCGUCUUGUCUUUCUAUUAUAUGGUAUACAACGGCGUCGCGAUGGUCUGCGACGGCGGGACGGUGGGGUUUCCCUACCGGGCUUGUGUCUGUGCGGUGGAUCCGGUGCAUUGUACGGGGGAUGGGAGUGUUGCUGGUGGUGGUGGUGAUGAUAUUACGACGGCUACGGCUACGGCUACGGCUACGCCCACGCCAACUCCUAGCAGUCUGGAUUUCGGGGUGGAGAGGGUUGGCGGCAGUUGUGCCGGGGUAUUGGGAGGUGGGGGCGAUGGGGUUUGGGGGUUGGGGGUUUUUGAGUAG